AUGGAGGGCUCCGGCGGCAAUUACAAGUCGCCGAGCGCCAUCAUGGUCGAAUAUUCUAAGUUGAUGGUGGAAGAAACUCAGAUUACGGGUCAUCACUCCGCUAUCCAACUUAGGAUGGCAAACAGAGUCGCUCAUUCCCUUGCUGACCACCAGGUCGAAGCGUUCAGAAACCAGGCAUGGACACUACGGGAUGAGCUUGUGAGGAUUAAUAGACUCAGAAUUGCGCUCCUCGGGGCAUAUCACUCUGUUAAAUACCAACCCUAUUGGGGUCCCGAUCUUACCAACGUCGACUCGUCAAACGUGGUUUUUAUUGCUGAAGCUCAGGUGCCCUCUGCAUCCAUCUCCCCCAGCGAUGUUACGGAGACCGCGAAAGCCUCAACAACCUCUGGGCGCAUUACCGCAGACUCAAACUCAGUCGCUGGACCUUCCGCCUUGGCCCCGAAUGAUACCUCCGUUUCCGCAUUCCCACCCCCGGCCGAAGGCAGCAACAAGUACGAUAUUUCGGAUUUUGGGAACAUCGUUCGGACAUCAACGGGCGCACACGUCGAAUUGAUCUGCUACAAAUGCGGAGAAAACGCUGUUGGUAGAGGCCAAAAGCGCGCUCUGCACUUUCUCGGCGGUGUAGAAGCCUUCCGGCGCCAUCUGGAGCGCAUCCACAACGAGCGGCUGACACCAAGUGCCGUCCUUGACCAAUGCGCUGCCCGGACGUUCUCAGAAGACGACAUCGAAGCUCUUGCGACUGCGUCUGCGAACGCGCCCGCGAACGCGCCCAUCGUCAAAAAGAUUCCAUGCCAGAUAGCAGCGCGAGAUGAAGGCCCCCGGAAUCGGCUUGGAGCGCCUAUUAGCCAAGCAGAUAUCAAUGAGACCGCUCAGCACGUUGCCAAUCUAGAUGCCUCAGCCUCUGAAAACGGGUCUCACCAUACAUCUACUGAGGUGCCUGAUACUCGACGCCCCUCUGCUCAACGUAGUCGGCAAUCUGUCUCAGAUCUAGUGGGGGGUGGAGGCCCUCAAAAUGGGAUAGAAGCGUCCAUAGGACGUGUCAAUGUUGGGGUUAUGAUGAAUGGGAACAUCAAUCUGACCCACCCCGCCUCUUUCACGCUCUCAAUGUCCGUAUUGCACAACACUGGCCGUCAUCUCCCUGGAUUUCUAGCCCUCCAGGCGAAGGUGGCGGCGCGUAAAAGCUCUGGUGCAGGCGUGGCCACGGCUUCAUCUCAACAAGCCGUGGCGCCCGUUGCCCAGGCUUCACUGGCGAUUUCGGAACAAGCACAUUCAGCACAGCACAACGCUGGCCGUAAAAGGGGAGAGCUUCCUGGAUUCCUCGCCCUCCGGGCAAAAUAUGCGGCGCGUAUCAGCUCUGGUGCAGGCGUGGCCACGGCUUCAUCUCAACAAGCCGUCGCGCCCAAUGCCCAGGCUUCGCCGGCGAUUCCGGUGCCCUCGAAGUGGACCCACUACUAUCGUCGAGACAAUUUUGGUGAGCCUGACGAUGAGUACGAUGGUUGA